GAGAACAGGGGUGUGUUAAUAGCUGGUACUCUUUCCAGGGGGAUAUCGUAGACUUGGAACGGAAUGAUGGAAAGACUGAAGUGAUAGUAUCUGAAGGGGUGAACACUGUGUCCUACACCCUGGAUGAAGGCCUCAUAGAGUUUGGAACUGCUGUUGACGAUGGGGAUUAUCACAGGGCUACUGCGUUUUUGGAGACACUGGAAAUGUCCACAGAGACUGAAGCCAUGUGGAAGACUCUAAGCAGACUGGCUUUGGAAGCUAAACAGCUGCACAUUGCAGAGAGGUGCUUUGCAGCUCUGGGCAACAUGUCAAAGGCUCGAUUUCUGCAUGAAACCAAUACCAUUGCUGACCAGGCAGCUCAAGAGCACGGUGGGGAUGGUACAGACCAUUAUCUGGUGCGUGCCCGCUUGGCCAUGCUAGACAAGAACUACAAGCUGGCAGAGAUGAUCUUCCUGGAACAAAACGCCACAGAGGAGGCCAUGGACAUGUACCAGGAACUGCACAUGUGGGAUGAAUGCAUUGUGGUUGCCGAGGCCAAGGGACACCCGACGCUGGAUAAAUUGCGUCGGGGUUACUACCAGUGGCUGCUGGAUACCCAGCAGGAAGAGAAGGCUGGGGAGGUCCAAGAGGGACAGGGCGACUACCUGGCAGCCAUCAGCCUAUACCUGCGGGCAGGGCUGCCAGCCAAAGCAGCGCGGCUCGCCAUGAGCAGGGAUGAGCUGCUGACCAACGGGGACAUCGUCAAUAGGGUCUCCACGGCACUGAUCAGAGGGGAACUGUAUGAACAGGCUGGAGACCUGUUUGAGAAGGUUGGGAACCCACAGAAGGCUCUGGAGUGCUAUUGCAAGGGCAGUGCCUUCCUGAAAGCCGUGGAGCUGGCUCGCCUGGCAUUUCCCGCUGAAGUUGUGAAGCUGGAGGAGGCCUGGGGAGACCAUCUGGUGCAGCAGAAACAGCUGGAUGCUGCUAUUAACCAUUACAUCGAAGCCAGGUGCUCGGUUAAGGCCAUUGAGGCAGCCUUGGGAGCCCGGCAGUGGAAGAAGGCUAUCUACAUUUUGGACUUGCAGGACAAGCAGACAGCGGCCAAAUAUUACCUCAAGAUUGCCCGGCACUAUGCAGCUUUACAGGAAUAUCAGGCUGCAGAGGAGCUGUACAUCAAAGGAGACCAGACAAAGGAUGCCAUUGACAUGUACACACAGGCCGGGCUCUGGGAACAGGCUCACAAGCUGGCAAUCAAGUGUAUGAGUCGGGAAGAUGUGUCCGUGCUCUAUAUAACCCAGGCCCAAGAGAUGGAGAAGCAGGGCAAGUACAAAGAAGCAGAGAGGCUAUACAUCACUGUCAAUGAACCCGAUUUGGCCAUCACCAUGUACAAGAAGUGCAAGAUGUAUGAUGAGAUGGUUUGCCUAGUGGCCAAGUACCACAAGGACUUACUCGGCGAUACCCACCUGCACCUGGGCAAGGAGCUGGAGGCAGAGGGACGCUUACAGGAGGCUGAGUACCAUUACCUAGAAGCUAAGGACUGGAAGGCCACAGUAAACAUGUACAGAGUGAAUGACAUGUGGGAAGAAGCUUACAGGGUGGCCAAGGCACAUGGGGGAGCAAACUCCUACAAGCAUGUGGCCUAUAUGUGGGCAAAGAGCUUGGGUGGAGAAGCAGCUGUGAAACUCCUCAGUAAAUUUGGACUUCUGGAGAUGGCCAUCGACAAUGCAGCAGACAGCGGGGUCUUUGAAUUUGCUUUUGAACUGGCCCGCCUCUCCAUGAAGCAGAAGAUGCCAGAGAUCCACUUAAAGUAUGCCAUGUUCCUAGAAGAUAAGGGCAAAUAUGAAGAGGCUGAAGCAGAAUUUAUUAAAGCUGGGAAACCCAAGGAGGCAGUGCUGAUGUUUGUGCACAACCAGAACUGGGAUGCUGCACAGCGUGUGGCUGAGGCUCAUGACCCAGACAGCGUGGCUGAUGUGCUUGUGGGACAGGCACGUUUUGCCUUUGAGCAGAGAGAGUUCCAGAAAGCAGAGGCCUUCCUCCUGCGAGCACAGAGACCUGAGCUGGCCAUAAAGUACUACAAGGAAGCUGGCAUGUGGAGCGAGGCCCUGCGGAUCUGCAAGGAAUACGUGCCCAGUCGGCUAGAAGAGUUGCAGGAGGAGUGUGGCAGGGAGGCUGCCAAGAAGGGCUCCAGAGGAACAGAAGGGCUGCUGGAGCAGGCACGGGAGUGGGAGCAGGCUGGGGAGUAUGCCAGGGCAGUGGACUGCUAUCUGAAGGUGCGGGAUCCCAGCAACAGUGUCCUGACGGAGAAGUGCUUGCUGAAGGCUGCUGAGUUGGCCGUGAAAUUCUUGGGUCAGUCACAGAGCAUGGAGGUGACACGGACUGUGGCUCCUCAGCUGGUGGCCAUGAAGAAAUACAGUGCGGCAGCUGAACUCUACCUCAACUUGGACCUCAUCCAAGAAGCUAUUGAUGCCUUCAUUGAAGGGGAGGAAUGGAGCAAAGCCAAGCGCGUGGCCAAGGAGCUGGACCCCAGGUCAGAGGAGUAUGUGGACCAGCGUUACAAGGAGUAUUUAAAGAACCAAGGAAAGGUAGAUUCGCUUGUGGGAGUAGAUGUCAUGGCUGCUUUGGAUAUGUACGCAGAGCAGGAGCAGUGGGAGAAGUGCCUGGAGGUUGCAGCUAAGCAGAACUAUAAAGUCUUGCACAAGUAUGUAGCUCUGUAUGCAACCCACCUCAUCCGGGAGGGCAGCUGGGACAAAGCCCUGAGCCUGUACGUCCACCACGGAGCACCUGCCAACCUACAGAAUUUCAACAUUUACAAGCGUCUCUUUGUGGAGAUGGUGAAUGCGUCUGGCAUGAAUUGUGCCGAGGCCUACUCCAGCUGGGCUGACCUGCGUGAUGUUCUCUUCCAUCUGUGUGAAAACUUAGUCAAGUCAAGUGAGGCAAACACUCCAGCACAUGAAGAGUUUGAAACGAUGCUGCUCAUCUCUCACUACUAUGCCACCCGCUCUGCUGCUCAGGGCGUGAAGCAACUGGACACUGUGGCUGCCAAGCUGUCCAUUUCUCUGCUGCGCCACACUGAGCUCCUCCCUGCAGACAAGGCUUUCUAUGAAGCUGGGAUAGCUGCCAAGGCAGUCAGCUGGGAGAACAUGGCA